AGUGAAGGAGGAAAGCAAACAGGCUUGAUUGAUUUGCGAGGAGGAGCAGGAGGAAGGAGGCUGGAUCGGGGCGAGGACGCAAGACAAAGAGAGAGAACCAGACCUCAUUUCCUGUUGGGAAGAAGGAGAAGAUCCGGUGAUGCAGGAACCCAAAGAAGAGGAGGAGACCUCAGCAGGAUACAUCUGGGGGGUGAAAGCUGACAGAGAAGUAUCUGAAGUAUCACUGGAAAAAGCUGAGGAGCAGAUGCAGGAGCAGAAACUGAGGAGUCAAGAUGGAGCAAAGAGACAAGAGGAAAGACAAACUCACACAGGGGAGAAACCUUAUAAAUGCUUAGAGUGUGGAAAGAGCUUCAGUAAGAGUAGCCACCUUACUUCGCAUAACAAAACUCACACAGGGGAGAAACCUUAUAAAUGCUUGGUGUGUGGAAAGAGCUUCAGUCAGAGUAGCAGCCUUACUUCGCACCAAAGAACUCACACAGGAGAUAAACCUUAUCAAUGCUUUGAGUGUGGAAAAAGCUUCAGUUGGAGUAGCAACCUUACUUCGCAUCAAAGAACUCACACAGGGGACAAACCUUAUAAAUGCUUGGAGUGUGGAAAGAGCUUUACUCAGGGUAGCACUCUUACUUCGCAUCAAAGAACUCACACAGGGGACAAACCUUAUAAAUGCUUGGAUUGUGGAAUGAGCUUCAGUCGGAGUAGCACCCUUACUUCGCAUCAAAGAACUCACACAGGAGACAAACCUUAUAAAUGCUUGGAGUGUGGAAAGAGCUUCAGUAACAGUAGCACUCUUACUUUGCAUCAAAGAACUCACACAGGAGACAAACCUUAUAAAUGCUUGGAGUGUGGAAAGAGCUUCAGUAAGAGUAGUACUCUUACUUUGCAUCAAAGAACUCACACAGGGGAGAAACCUUAUAAAUGCUUGGAGUGUGGAAAGAGCUUCAGUCAGAGUAGCUCUCUUACUUUGCAUCAAAAAACACACACAGGGGACAAACCUUAUAAAUGCUUGGAGUGUGGAAAGAGCUUCAGUAACAGUAGCACUCUUACUUCGCAUCAAAGAACUCACACAGGAGACAAACCUUAUAAAUGCUUGGAGUGUGGAAAGGGCUUCAGGUGUAGUAGCCACCUUACUUCGCAUCACAGAACUCACACAGGAGACAAACCUUAUAAAUGCUUGGAGUGUGGAAAGAGCUUCAGUCGGAGUAGCACCCUUACUUCGCAUCACAGAACUCACACAGGGGACAAACCUUAUAAAUGCUUGGAGUGUGGAAAGAGCUUCAGUGGCAGUAGCGCUCUUACUUUGCAUCACAGAACUCACACUGGGGACAAACCUUAUAAAUGCUUGGAGUGUGGAAAGAGCUUCAGUCAGAGUGGCCACCUUACUUCACAUCACAGAACUCACACAGGGGACAAACCUUAUAAAUGCUUGGAGUGUGGAAAGAGCUUCAGUUGUAGAAGCCACCUUACUUUGCAUCACAGAACUCACACAGGGGACAAACCUUAUAAAUGCUUGGAGUGUGGAAAGAGCUUCAGUCGGAGUAGCACCCUUACUUCGCAUCAAAGAACUCUCACAGGGGACAAACCUUAUCAACGCUUGGAGUGUGGAAAGAGCUUCAGUCAGAGUGUCCACCUUACUUCGCAUCACAAAACUCAUACAGGGAACAAACCUUAUAAAUGCUUGGAGUGUGGAAAGAGCUUCAGGUGGAGUAGUGCCUUGAGUUCUCAUCAAAGAACUCACACUGGGGACAAACCUUAUCAAUGCUUUGAGUGUGGAAAAAGCUUCAGUUGGAGUAGCACUCUUACUUUGCAUCACAGAACUCACACAGGAGACAAACCUUAUAAAUGCUUGGAGUGUGGAAAGAGCUUUACUCAGGGUAGCACUCUUACUUUGCAUAGACAAACUCACACAGGGGAGAAACCUUAUAAAUGCUUGGAGUGUGGAAAGAGCUUCAGGUGGAGUAGCAGCCUUACUUCGCAUCAAAGAACUCACACAGGAGACAAACCUUAUAAAUGCCUGGAGUGUGGAAAGAGCUUCAGGUGGAGUAGCCACCUUACUUCGCAUCACAAAACUCAUACAGGGAACAAACCUUAUCAAUGCUUGGAGUGUGGAAAGUGUUUCAGUCGGAGUGACACCCUUAGUAAACAUGAAAGAACUCACAGGAGACAAACCUUAUAAAUGCUUGGAGUGUGGAAAGAGCUUUAGUUCUCUAAAUCCCUAACCAAUCCCUAGGUCUCGACAGGCUCCUAUGAAAUUGGUCCCACAGUUGGACCUCAACUGCUUGGUUGGGCCUCGUAUGGCAAGGAACCUAUGGAGGGCAUUUAUGAAACUCAAAGUGUCCAUGGACUCGAUCACUUCGAUGUGAAUGCUGAAGCAGGUAAAGGCUUUACUACCUGAGGCUGCCUUUGAAGACGGUUCAGAAACUGCAGGUUGUGCAAAAUGCAACGCCCUGAUUGGUAACAGGGACCAGAUGGUUC